AUGGCAGCCCCGGAGGAAGAUGCUAUGGGUGCCACGGAGCAGGGGGUGCAGGUGAUCUGGGAUACCAUGGAGCAGGUGGCCCGUAAGAGCCAGCAGACAGUCCAGCAUUGCGGCCAGGCCAUCCGGGUGGAAGCCGUCCGGUCGGAAAAGGGGCAGACCCCAUACCGGCCGCUGCUGGCAUACAUGGAUGAGGCCGCGAUCCAGAAGCAUGUCCAUCCAUGGCAGCAGAUAUUAGCAUUCAUUGCCCGCACGCAGGCCCCGCAUGACUGGGCCAGCCCGAAAUACGGGAUGACCGCCCGGCAGCGCCAGAAAUGGCGGCAGCUGUGGCAGCUCACUAGCCACGCCCCAGGUAGCGCCGACCCCCAGGGCAGCCAGGGCGCAGUUUCAGGGGACCUGGAGAACCUAGAGGUGUGGGCCAUGACUGACAUUAAGAAAGCAUGCUUAGAAUUUUGCAUUGAGCUGCUCAACCAGCGCCAUCGCAGCCAUGAAUAUGAGAGUGCAUUAGUAUGUGCCAUGGCAGUACUGGGUCAGGGUGAGGCUGGCUGGCGGGACCCCGAGAGCUACCCCCUAAUAUUAUCCCGCGUGAUCAAGGUGGCCCGAUUCAUGGUGGUGCAGAAGGCGUUAUGGAUGGACCCCAAUCCAUGGCAGAUCAUUCAGACCUGGGCGCGGAAGGACCAGAGCGCCAAAUGGGUGCUGGCCAGCGCGGAUGAUCAACUUGGGGAGAUUGAUGAGGGAUAUGGCAGCGAUGACCCCCCAUCCACCCUAUCCCACAGGGGGCGGAGGACCCUACUAGAGGCCGAGUUAGGGUCUAGCCUGAAGGAGGAUAGCGGGGGGCUUGGCAGAGAAGGGUCCGACUUUUGA